GGAUCUCACAAAAGGAAGGGAAAUGCCUGCAAACCCAGCGAGGUGGAGAAUACGGGGGAAAGUUGCAUCCAGCAGUUGCUGAGAGCGUACGCACACUGCAGGGAUCCACCGGAGAUGUGAGAGGUCCGAGCAGCCGCCCAUCCCCCUGUCUGCUCAAGAAGACACCGGGGCCAGCUGCAAUGACCUGGGUGAAUGGGAAAAAGCUCUCUGUGAACCUCCACCUGUGCAACUGCCAGCAAGCGCUCGAGCUGCCCAAAUAGGAGGGCAUGAUUGGUUGGGCUGAAACCGGCUGCUGCAUGCUUCAGACAUAGUGGCUCUCUCUACCUGUGCAGUGGUAUUGAGGAUCUCGGACUCUGAAACACAUACCAGCUAUCCACAGCACCUUGUCUAGCAACAUCGUGAAUGUGUACAAAACAGAGCCAGCCCUCUGAAGCGGUUCACAAGGUCCGGUUCUGUCCUUUCAGGGGAUGGCCCGGGUCCAGGAUGGGGACACAGAGGAAUAUGACAGCUCUGUGAUGUUAGAGGACAGUCAGGAUGGUAUGGACAGUGGUAGCCUGACUCCUGGCUCAGCUCGACAGGUCUGCAUCCAACGCCAUCCAAGCCACGGCUUCGGGUUUAUUGCCGGCAGCGAACGGCCUGUUGUUGUACGCUCUGUCUCUGCAGACGGACCCUCAAACGGCAAGCUUUACCCCGGAGAUCAGAUCCUUGCCAUCAACCAGGAACUCGUGAGCGACGCGCCCCGGGAGAAAGUCAUAGACCUUGUAAGGAGGUGCAAGGACUCGAUUGUUCUCACUGUGCUGCAACCACAACAGUCACCUAAGUCUGCCUUCAUAAGUGCAGCCAAGAAAGCUCGUCUGCGAACCAAUCCCCCCAAAGUGCGCUUUUCUGAGCAAGUGUCCAUCAGCGACCCAGACUCAACCAUGCUUAAGGACGACUCUCUGCUUCUGAUACCAAAUGUGUUGAAGGUGUUUCUUGAAAAUGGACAGAUCAAAUCCUUUACGUUUGACAGCCGCACCACUGUUAGGGAUGUGAUAUCGUCGCUGCAGGAUCGCCUCUCUCUACGCUACAUCGAGCAUUUUGCUUUGGUUCUGGAGUCUGGUGGACUGGCCCAGAAUCAGAGGCUGCAUCUGCUCCAGGAAAGCCAGCCUCUGUCUCAUGUAGUUCACAGGACCUACUUCCAGGGAAUGAAGUGUCUUUUGCGUAUUUGCUUCUUCCCAAAAGACCCUGCUGACUUAUUGAGGAGAGACCCCGCUGCAUUUGAGUACCUCUACAUACAGGUUUCUCCUCUUCAAGGGAAACUACAGUACAUGCGUGUCUUGAAUGACCUUCCACCAUUUGGAGGCUUCUUGUUUCACACAGUUGGCUUGGAUGAGAAGCAGUCAGCCACUACAUUGUUGGUUGGGCCGAGACACGGUAUCAGUCAUGUGAUUGACCUGAAGAACAACCUAACAACUGUCUUAGCAGAGUUCAGCCGCGUGGCCAAGGUCCAGCUCUUCAGAGAGCACCAUGGAGUAGCCCGGGUGGAGGUUGUUAUUCUGGAGGCAAAGCCCUUGGUCUUAUUAAUGGAGUGGCCAGAUGCAUCAAACUUUGCCUGUUUGAUCUCUGGCUAUUACAAGCUAUUUGUGGACCCUAAAAGGACAAUCUACUGCAGGAUACCUGGUCAGCCUUAUAUGAUCAAGGCAGAUUCCAGAAGCUCCCAUGCCCAAUUCCGCUCCGGAGCCACUGUGUCAAGUGGGAGUCGGCAAGAAGAGAGAGAGGGGUCGUCCAGAGAGGCAACACAGAAGACAUCAGCAUCACCCAUAUCUCAGCACCUUGGCCUGUGUCACAUCCAUUUAAAAGAGCAACAACAGCUGCAAGAGCUUCAGAUACAAGCUGAACAGGAGCUUGACAUUAAUGAGAACCUUAUCUCGCAGGUACAGAGUCGUUCACGCACAAAGUCUGACCCCACUCUAAAGAGCACUGAGUCAAUGGCUGAACAAGACGGUCCCGCCGAUGACAGCUCAAGCUUCAGGAACAGAGCGAAAACAAUGGAGCCUCCACAGAGGUUUUUCUGUGAUUCCUGCAAGGCAAAACUCCAAGCUGAAGGUUUGAUCUCAGACACUGGGAAGGCAGGAAGGCUUAUUUUGCAGCAGUGCACAAAUGCAUGUGCUUCCCGUGAAGGAGGGGCUGUUGAUCUCAUUGCCUUACCGCUCCCUGGGAAUGAGGAAGAUGAGGAGAUGGAUGAUGGAGGAGGAAAAUUGCAGCCUCACCCUCCUGCCAUAGCAGCACCACCUCCAGGGUUUCGUGAUAACAGUUCUGAUGAAGACGACCCGAAAAAGGGUCGGAAAGGAAUCAAAGCCUUUGCUGCUGUGGCAGAGGGUCGAGAGGACGUUCCUGUAACACUGAUUGAUAAUGUGACCACUAGGACGGUUCAAGACCAUGCUCAGGAGUUAGACGAUGCAUUAGUGUCCACCCUCCAGGCGCUGGAAGCACUAGCUGCAUCGGAGGAUUACCCACACCAUCACCAGCAGACACCACAGACAGCAGGGUUGAUUGUGCUUGCUGCCAUAACCCCUGAAUCAUCCCUAGACUCUGGACAUGAGACAAAUUCAUCAGAGCUAACUGAUGUGUCUGAGAUGGUGUCUGCCAUGAAGCAGCAUCAGAACCAGGCCUAUCUACUUGCCCACCACAUCAACAAAGAGCGACUUUUCAGUCGGCGAGACUUCCCUUUGACAAUCCCUGGCUGUACCACACAAGCAAUUGGUGGGAGGGCUUUUUCAAUGAGUCAGAUCCGUGGCGGGUGUCCACCAAAGCCUAUGAUCUUAAGUAAGACUGUGCCCUUGAAAGUAUGCCCCAAUCAAGGAAUUGGCCCUUCUGACAACUCUGUGGAGCAGGGGAAGAGCCAUGAAACAAAAAGUGAAAAGGAUAUAGAAAAAAUGGAAAAAGGCCCUGUCAAAGAGUGCUUGGAAAAGUCUGAACAGCAGACAUCUGAGGAACUUAAAGCAUCAAAGCAAGAGAGUGCUCCUAAAGUCAACACGGAUCAUUUGCCUCAAGCUAAUGAAGAAGAAACAAGCUCCAUUACCUCAGAAGGUGUCCAGGAAAAAGAUUUUGGUACAGUCACCCUAGAAACUACCAGUAUAGCCUUACCUGUCCUCUUACCUGUGGAUAGAACUGCAUCUGCUAAGAUUUGUCCGACAAAUAUGUGCCAAGAUGCCGAGAAUGCCUCAAGUGAGACCACUAAGCCUUCACGUUCCAAGGGCCUUCUGCCAGCUGCUGACUUGUUUUGCACCUGUCCGGUACGACCAGAGCCUGGCCCACAGGUGCGUCUGAAAGAUCCACAGGCCCAAAAAGUGGUGGUGUUUCACUCAUCAUCUCCCACAGAUGAUGAGUGUCUGUGUGCCAAAGGACUUCAGUUAGCUAACAACAAAGAGAACACAGCGAAGACAUCUGAUGCAAGCUUGGCUAAGCCUAGCACCCUGCCUCCUACCAAGUACUCACCAGUUAUGCCUGUUAAAGUAGAACGGAAAGAGAUGUCAGAGGCAAAGGCAGAAAACUCCCAGAGUAUAGCCCCUGUGGAACCACAGAGACCUGCUAAAAGUUUGCCUGUUCUGGUAGACCCAACACUUGUCCUAAGUUGUGCGGAAAAGGGUGCAACUAUCCCAGGAGCCGAGUACAAGAAACAGGCAAAUAACAAAGUCAAAUCCCAGCGUAGUACUCCCUUCCUGAGUUUUAGGAACUUAAUUUCAGCCACUUUCCCAGCACGUUUGCGCAGAGAGACAGAUGAGCGUCGUGCUCAACUUCAAAAGGUCAGGCAGUAUGAGCUAGAGUUCCUGGAGGAGCUUCUAAAACCUAAAACAUCACAAGGAGAGUUCAUACCACAGGGAUCCUCUCCUGUUCCCUCAUUUACCCCAUGUGCCUGCCAGCUGCGCACGAGUCCUGUACAGAAAGUUCCUGGGAUCUCACGAGAACAGCGACGCAGCUGUGAUUGUAAGAGAAUGUGCCGCGGAAUGCGUCUCCCGGAUACAGCUGUUGGUUCUGCAGCGGACCAGAGAGGAAGAGAAAGAGCAGUCUCCAAAACACUCCCAGCAAUUCCAAAGUCUCCACAUGCUCAAGGAGAAUUACAUAAACCUCAGACUUUGGAAAUCAAAACCACUCGAAUCCGCUCCACAAGCCUAGAGUCAAGGGAACCAAGAGAUACACCCACGUCGUGUUUGCCUACUUGCGCUACCCGUUCAGAAUGCAUGGGUGAACCACAGUACAAAAAGUUACAAAGGAGAUAUAGCAUAGGGGAGAUUGACAAUAAUGACAGCACCCCCCUGUACGCUGAGGUUAAAACUACAAAAGCAAAGAGCCUUGAGAAAGAAAUGGAAAGAGUCAGGGCCACUGGACUUAGACUUCCAACUCCAGUGGAGCCUCUACAUACUAAAGAUGGGGAUGCAAAGAAGAAGGGGAUAUUUUUUAUUCAGGGAGAGGAGCUGCUUCAGGAAAGUCGUGAGGGUACCACUGAGGUUUUAGGGUUGCCAAAUGAGGAUACCGAGGACAGAGAAAAAUGCUGCUCCUUCUGCUUCUGUUAUCGCAAAUGUGAAGCUGCUGAUGAGAGCAGUGAAAAAGAUGAACUGUCUUAUUCCAUCCCCCUGCAGGUUUUGCCCGGAAUGCACCUAGACUCAAGGGCAAUGCCAAUAGUCAGCAAAACACUUCAGGUACUCGAUGCAGAGGAUUGCACUGGGGAAGAGGAGGAGGAAGAAGAGGAGCCACAAACACAGAGAAUUGAUCUGCGGGCCUGUGGGAAUCUGGAAUCUAGCCUGGCAAGGGUACAGUCCUUGCAGGGCAAAACAUUCUCGCUACCUGAUGGAUUCCUAAACGCACAACUUGAUGCCAAUGAGCUGCUCUCAAUUUUAAGGCAGUAUGCCAACAGUCCCCAAUUCGAGGGUGAACCUCGUAUCCCUCCUGCAAAACUGGCAGAGUACAAGCAAGAACUCGCAGUCCAUUUUAAAGAGUUCAGGGCAUCAUGUAGACGAGUGGCAAGUGUUGAGAAAAGUCCAUCACGAAUGCUAAGUGCUGUCACAGCUAGCUUCCAGGUGCUGUGCAACCUUACUCAAACAUUCAUUCGGCUGGUCAGGGGUGUGCGAUCUGAAACUCAAAAACUACAGCUUUUACGUAAGGUAGAGGAGGUAGCUGUCAACUACACCCUUCUUCUUCGUGCUGCUGAAGAGGCAAUGGGACAUUCUACUAGCCUCCCCAAUAAGAGUGCAAGUCCUCAACUCCACACAUCCACCAACAUGGGCUCUCUUAAUCUCUCUAUUAAAACCUUGCCCAGCAAGUAAUGACUCAUUCAUGCAUGAGUUCGUGGGGCAGGCCAGAAAGACAGCUGCUCAACACUCUUGCAGGAAUCUCUUUAGAUCAUACAUCGGUUUACAUUUUUACUUGCCUUUCUGUUCGCCGCCUGCUAAAUUCCAUAAACGCAUAAAUAUCUACUGUUAUUUGUUUAUGAAGGUUGUGCCAACUUGUACCUACAAAGGAUCUUUUACAUUAUAUGUGCACAGAAGUGAGAAAACAAAUACAGCUGAUCCUGUGCAUUCUAGAUGAUCAACAGGGCUGUUCACUCUUAGUUUUUGUAUAUUUAGUUGUUCCUAUAUUUAAACAACAAAGUGACUGUCUAGGGAAGGGCUGGUGGGAUUAUCCUGUGUCCUAAAAAUGGUUUAUAUAACAUAUUAUGGAAAAACUAUAUUAUCAUUAUUGCAAUUACUGUAGAGACAUUAUAGAACUAAAAAUAGAUUAUAAAUUAUAGAUCUAAAACA